AUGAUGGCUACUAUUAUGAUCUACAGCUACGUUAUUUUCAUUGUUCUCAGCAUAACAGUUCAAAUACAAUCUCAAAUAUGUGAGAAAACUGCUCAGUAUGGUCAGUGUUCGACAAACAAUGCUUGUGGCUGUUUUCAUAUGUUAGGUGCUGAUGACGGUGCUGGUAUUUGUGGCUUUCUUUGGCCCACAUGCUCUCGUCUUGUACCAUGUAAUUCCUCAGACAACUCAUGUCUUCAAUCUAACACGAUCUGCGUCAAACAUCCACAAUGUGAUGAUCGUCCUCUUUGCUAUCCAGUUACAAUGAUGAAAGAAAACAUAUGUCCACCAAUGAAAAAUAAAAUGAAUCUUAAAUGGAAAUUAAAUUUCUCUAUCGUUGCUGGGGGAAAUGGGUUUGGAUACGACUUAAAUCAAGUUAGUCUAGUUCAAGGAAUCUAUAUUGAUGAUGAUAAACAGACGAUGUAUAUUACACAAUAUAAUAGUGAUCGAAUUGUUGGAUGGAAAUUCGGUGAAGAAAGUGGUGAAAUCGUUGCUGAUGUAACUGUUGAUAAAAAAAAUGAUUUACUGAUUAUUUGUGAUCAAGGAAACGAACGAGUAGUACAAUGGUCUCGUCAAAAAAAAAUAGACCCAAAAAUAAUUAUCCGAAAAAUUAAAUGUAACGGUGUAACAAUCGAUAAUAAUGGAGAUAUUUAUGUUUCAGAAGGAGAAACACAUAGUGUUAUACGAUUAAAACAAGGAGAAACAAAGGCAACAACUGUAGCCGGUGGAAAUGGGCAUGGAUAUGAGCCAAAUCAACUAAAUGAUCCGGCUCACAUUUUUGUUGAUGAACAAUAUUCAAUUUAUGUAUCUGAUUAUAAAUAUGGUCGUGUGACAAAAUGGAUAAAAAAUGCAAAAGAAGGAAUUAUUGUUACUAAACAAACAAUUCCAGAAAAUGGUGAAUCAUAG